AUGGAGGUUCAAAUUCUGUCACAAAAGUUUAUAAAACCAUCCAGUCAAACUCCUCAUCGCCUUAGGAACAUGAAGGUAUCAUUCAUUGAUCAACUUGCUCCUCCAGCUUAUACACCUAUGGUUCUCUACUAUUCUGCUGUCGACGGCGAACCAAUGAUAUCCGAAAGGGAUAGCAGAUUUAACCAGUUAGAACAGUCACUAUCAGAGUUACUAACGUGCUACUAUCCAUUAGCAGGAAGAUAUAUUGAAGAUAGAAACUUGGUUGAUUGUAAUGAUGAAGGGGCAUUGUUCCUGGAAGCUAAAGUGAGUGGCCAGCUUGCUCUACUUGAUCUUCAGGGAGCGGCUGGUGUUAAGCUGAUGAAUAAUUUCGUUCCAUUUGGAGAUGAAAUGGCCUUUAGUCCUGUAAUACUAGCAGUUCAAAUCAACAAGUUUGACUGUGGUGGGUUGGCCAUUGGCGUCUGCAUAUCGCAUAGAGUAGCUGAUGGUCACACAUUGGGGUCAUUCCUCAAAGCAUGGGCUACAGCUUGCCGAGCAGGGAUGCAUGAAGUGAUCCGGCCUAGUUUCGACGCAGGAGCUCUUUUUCCGGCAACAGAUGCCUUAAGGUUCGGCACUCCAGUCCCUAAAGUUGAUGGGAGUUUGAUAGUCACCAAAAGGUUUGUUUUCGAUGGAGAAACGAUUAGCAGUCUGGAGGCUAAAGUCAUGGCCUGCGCUCAUGAUUUAGACCUUAAACGCCCCCCUUCGCGAGUGGAAGUGGUGACAGCUCUGUUAUGGAAAGCUAUCAUAGGUGCGGCUCAAGCAAAACACAAACAACUAAGACCUUCUCUGCUAGCCCUUUCGUUUAAUCUUCGGGGAAAAGUGAAUCUUCCAAUUACAGAGAAUUCUUUAGGAAACCUAUACAGGAUGGUCGGUGUUCGAUUUAGUCCUGAAGAGAGUAGUUCAGAGAUGAUUCACUUGGUAACUCUACUAGGUGAUGCAGUAAACAAGGCCAACGAAGAUUGCGAAAAAGCGGCAAAUCCUGAUGAUGUGAUGGAGAAGGCCAGUAAUUCCAUGAAAGAGAUACUUAAAGAAGCAAGCAACGGGGGUGUAGAUAUCUGUGUGGUUUCUAGCUGGUGUAAGUUUCCCUUUUAUGAAAUUGAUUUUGGCUUUGGAAAACCAUCUUGGUUUAGCAGUGUGCAUAAACCUGUGGAAAUAGUCAUUCUUGCGGAUACCAAAUGUGGGAGUGGAAUUGAAGCCUGGGUGAGCUUGGAAGCGGAAAAUAUGCUUCAGUUCCAACGAGAUAUAUCAGCAUAUUACUUAUAA